AUGUCUUGUGCAUUCCAGAGUGGCUCUGCCUCAGUGUACCUGGAAAUCCAGUGGUGGUUUCUACGGGCAGCUGAGGACCAAGACCCUGGAACAGAGGUGAGGGCACUCAGGUAUCAAUUUGCUGCCCCUGAAAUCCUAUGCAAGUCAGCCACUCCCCAAAAGCAGAGAAAAAAAUGGGGACCAGGGGGACAAGGAAAGUCUUGCCCCCAAGGCUUAAUAUAUCUUACAACAGUGGAAAUCCAUUGAGAAAUAGCCACCACUAGGGGAUAAAACCUUGAACCCUUCCAGGUGGUUUUUGGUAGUUGAUAAAUUCAUAUGCAUGGAUAAUGCAUUCUUUCUUUUCCUUUUCUCUUUUUUUUCUCAUCAAUGACAAGGCACAGUAUAGAUAUCAUAGCAAUGGAUUGAAUUUGCAACCCAGGCUGUUGCAAAGACUUCCUCCCCUCCCCCCCCCCAUAAGAAUUCUUGCUAUCAUCUUGCUAUCAUUCUAUCCCUUCGGGGAUUUUCAUUGCCUCCUCCAUUGUUUCAGACUGAUAAACACAUGGAGCGGAGAUACUUACUAACACAUUGCGGGAACCUAUUGUAGACAGGAUUUCUAGAAAUCAAACAGGCCUCCUUUGACUCAGUUGUAGCAAUUCUUCCUUAUUUCCUAUUUGGCAAGAAACAAUCUCACUGGCUUCAGAUGAUGCUUGUUUUCAUUCCUGAGGCAGUGGGAAAAAUCUGCCUCAUCUCUAUCAUUCCAUUUCCUUCCAGCCUGUCUCCUCCCCCGAAAGUUUUUAUUUGAAGAAUUCAUUUGAAGUAUACAGACUGCUUUAGAAUUCAUACUAAUUUUCCAUGGAAGGCAAGCAAACAUAUAAACCUGUUAAUAUGGCACCUCACUCUUCUGAGACUGCCUGCAAUGAUAGGCAUUAAAUACAGCCAAAUGUGAAGAGAUCAGCCUCCAUCCAAACUAUGUAGCACAGUGGCUAAAUGUGACAGGAAGGAACACCAUUUUGCCUAUAGGUGGCAGGCUGAGCAUGUGAGUGUUCUCCAAGGAAGAAUCCAUUUAUUUAAGUAGUAUUUCAACAGCAAUUAGUCAUCAGAAAACUCACAAGCUAUGGGCAAGUUCAGUCUUACCCCAUGGUCCUCAGACUGAAACAGAUCAAGAAAUGGGGAAACCCAAACAUCAAAAAUCCACACAUAGCCUGUUCAGGUAUCAUGCCCAUUUUAGAUUGGUGAUUGGUGUGUACCCCAAAUGAACUCUGCAUCUCACAAGUUCCAUGGUUAAUCCAUAAACAUGAGCCUAUUUUCUCCUUCCCAGUGAGCUGUUCCCACAAUUUCGAUGAUUUCAAACAUGUGAUCAGCUUAACUUAGCCCCUUCCAGUGUGCUGAGAAUUAGAUAAUUAUCUUAAUUGCCUUACAGGAUGACAGAUAAUUCUCUGUGGCAGCUGAUCUAUGACAUGAACUCAUAUAUUCAAGGAUAUUUUAGUCACUGUUCUGAUCACUGUUCCUCCUGCCCAAAUUUACAUCCCUCAAACACAGACAUCUGCUUCCUCAUGCAAUGUCCCCCCUCCCCCCCCUCUCUCACCCCAACACCCUCCGGUGUGGAGCUUUUACCUAUGCAAGGAACAGAUGUAGGAUUUUCAUUUCUGCUAUGGCUGCUGCUCUGAUCUCUCAAGGCUCUACAUUCUAUUGGGAGAGCCUUCUUCGGAGGCUAGAUCAGGCUUCCUCAACCUCGGCCCUCCAGAUGUUCGGAGACUACAAUUCCCAUCCAUCCCUGACCACUGGUCCUAUGAGCUAGGGAUCAUGGGAGUUGUAGGCCAAAACAAUCUGGAGGGUCGAGGUCGAGGAAGCCUGUGCUAGACAGUCUGGUGGGUAGCCAAGGAAGCCUUGAGCAGUGGCAGAGCCCUCCUCUCUUUUUAUUUAUUCAUUUUACUAUCUGCCCAUCAUGUUUCUCAACUGGUUAAAUUAUAUAAUGGAAUUAAUAAUUUAAAAUCUGAUGAAAAUGCAACCAGGCAUCUUAUUUGCAUUGAAAACAAAGCCUUUGGGCAGAAAUGUUCAGAGGAGAGGGAAAUUGUCCGUUUCAUAUGAAAUAUUGUGCCACAUUCUUUGUUUUUGUCAGAGUUCUAGCAAUCAAAGUCUCUAAUUUGCAUUAAAUACUGAGGCUUUUGGAAGUAACCUUUUUGGCCUUGCUAUGAUCUAAAAAUAUAUCAAAGGCUGGCGAAGGAAGGCUAACUGAAUGUACUCAGUAUGGGAUUGACAGAAAGUAUAGGUCCUUCAGGAUGUGGAGUUUCCAUAUGCUUGGUCUGAAAAACUCUGGGAUGGUUUAGCUCCCUUGCUCCUGAGCCUUCAGACCUUCUGAAAGCUUGCCUACAUAUUCUGGAACCUUACGGAACCACCUUUUACAGACAGUUGCUUACUUCUAACUAAACUGCCAUUAGUGAUGAGGCCUUGGAUGUUUAUAACAAAGCAUUUUCUAUUCAGAUGCAGAAUUGCUUUGGCAUUCUGGGUUGCAGAAGAAUUUAGGAACAAGGCAUCCAGUUUCUAAUGCAUUAGUGUAGUACGAGUUCAGCAAAUUUACAUCCUGAAUCAAUUAAUUAUGAACUGCAGCAGGCAUCAUGGAAUCAGGCCAUCUAAUUUAGCUAGCAUCCUGAUUCCAACAAUGACAAGCCAGAGGCAUCAGGGAAGUUCAAAAGCAUAAAGGCAAAACCUUCCUUUGUCAUCACGACCUGAUAUUUAGCAGUACAUGGCCUCUGAACAUGGAGGUUCCAUUUGACUAUUAGCAUUAACACCUGUUAGUCCAUUCCUUUGGCUUAACUCCCCUUAAGUCAAUGGCUACCACCACUUUUUGUGGCACAUAGGCCAAAGAAACUGAAGGAGGUACGAUAGACACAUUUUAAGCCAUGUUCAAUCACAAUACAGUUAGGGACCCUCCUUCAAUGAGUUCAUUAAGAAACUACUAAGUACUUGCCUUUUUUUGUUGAUAUGAUCUAUCUCACAGCUGUGUAGCCAAUUCAACUGCCUUUGAGUGAACAUUUGUCUCCCACCAGUAAACCCUCGCGAACCAAACUAUGCUUGAGCUCUGGUUGUCAUAGCUUAUUACCAAGCUGGACAGAAAUUAGAGUGGGUCCAGGCAGAGACUGUGGGAAACCCCAUGCAAGGAAAGGAAGGGAAGAAGUGAUUUAACCUUUAAUGCUGGAGGUUCCUCACCUGUAGUAUGCAAAAACAGUUAUCCAUUCCCCCACAGGUGGAGAGAGAUUUGGACAACGAUGGAACAAAGAUAAGCGUAAGUGGAUUACAAAAUAUAGAUUGUUGCUAGAUAGUCAAUUACUUUCCAUUUACUGUGCUGUCUUUCAUUAGCCACCAUCCAAAAAUGCAUGAGCCCUGGACUAGUGAAUGGGAUUUAUUUUCUGCAGCUUUCCCUGUGCCUUUUGGGGCAUGGGCAUUAUCAAAGCCUUUGGCACUCUUUUGUGCAGAUGAGCUGGUUCACUUCCCUGGCCCUGCUCAGGCAGAAUUUAAAGAACCUUUUAAUUUGUUCAGGUCUUUAGAAGGGGCUAGGUUCCUUUGAGGCCCUGUAGCUUUGUAAAAACUGUCAUUUUAAUUGUUGGACAUUGGGUUUUCAUUAUAUUUUAUGUUGUUAGCCAUCCAAGGCUCCCUUUGGGAACGGAGACUAGGAUAGAGAAUGUAUGCUCCUGUAUACAGAAAACAUUAAUGGGUGUUGUUAGUCAAAUUGUGGGUGGCCCUUGCCUCUACCAGAGCUGGAGGUUUUGUGGAGAGUCCAGGCAAAUGAAGACACUCUCCAUUCAGGGUCCUGCCAGACAUGCACAUGAUCCUAUUACAUGCUGGAGACCUGCAAGUAAUACCUAGGGCAGCUGUGGAUGCCCGCAGGAUUCAGUAGACCCUCCUGGCCAUAUACCUGGGGACAUCACUUGGAGUGUGUUGGGAUAUAGAGGCUUCUGCAUGGGUUUCCAUGCUUACUGCUUCAGGUUGAGACUUCUCCACUUCUCAGACCAUCUCCAAGUUUACAAGGGCAUAUCAGGGAGAAUGCAGUGAGCACAUAGGUGCCUAUUUCUAUUUUAUUUACCUCUUCUGUCCCAUAAGGAAUUCUUUGCUUUCACACAGGUUCCAAAAUGGGGUCAAAAGUUCAGUUUGACAAUGUGCAGAUCUAGAACCCUUGCAGCAUAUGAACUAGUAAGAAAAGAUAAAAGUAGUGUGCCUUUAAAUCUGGUCAUGUGAUAGAUCCUAUUCUCCCCAACCCCAACCCCCUCCAAGCAUAGACACACAACACAGCGAAGAAGAAAAAUCCUUUUGUGUGUGUGUUUUUUUUAAAAAAAAUGAAUAUGGGUGCUUAAAAAGAAAACUGCUACAGAAAACAGCCUUUUUUGUUUUUGGAACCACACAUCAUACUUUCAAUAACCUUAAUGGAAUUUUUGCCCAGCAUGACAAAAAACAAGCCCUUCAGAAUACUUUGUAUUUCUUUAAUCAUUAUUACCAAGAACUGAGGAACAUGUAGGACCUAGAUUUUCUUUCUUUCCCUCAAUAUUAUUUUACUACUUAGCUGAAAUGCAAUUAAAUAAAUAUAGGAAAGUGAUUUUCAAAGUGCUACAAUGCCAUGGAACUAUGCGGGAAACACACAAAAAAAACCUUAAUAAUGGAGGGAGAGAGUAGAUUCCAGAUGUUCUUGUAUUAAUUGAAGCAUACAGAACUUGAGACCCACCAAAACAUUUAAAACCCAGUAGACUCCAGAUUGCCAAGCUUUUUAUUAACCCUGACAUCCCUAUCCCCCACGCUUUGGACAAUCUCAUGCCUGCAAGUUUCUGUAGCACUGAGUUGAAAUGCCUCUCCCCCCAAAAUUUGCUGCAGUCUUCUUGGGUGGGAAAACGGGAAAAUAGUGAUUAAGAUGAGGAGAUCAAAAAUUGGGCCUUUCCACCAGUGGCAACAUUCCUCUCAGUGCCUGUCAGUCACCGUCAUUCAUUCCUCCCCAACCCCACAGGAUGAUGUUAUAUGAUUGCAAGUGUCCUUAGAAAGAGAAUUGUGUAAACAUGGAACUGUUGGCACUACAAAAAAGAUGAGCCAGAGGAGGGGGGGGGGUUCCUCUUGUCUACUGACCUUCCAACCCUCCAUCCAGCCCCACAUUCUCCACUAAGAACUUUUGGCCCACCUUUAUUUGGGGGGUGUUUUUUGCUUAGUCACAUUAGCUUUUAACAUCUAUACUACUUGUUUGCUUUCAGUAUGACUCACAGCAGCAAUUAAAGCAAUUAAAACCAGAAACAAAAUGUUUAAGGAUGGGGAUAUUGGAGAUGUGCAAUAUCCCUACCCCUCACCCCAGGAAAAAUAAUGCACUCAAAGCUCCUUUCACAUCCUUAAAAUUCUUUGCAUACUCAUCCUGAGUUCUCCUGACCAAAAGGACAAAGGACAAGGACAAAAGGGAAAUUCAGUAGCCGUUCUGAUCCCAUAUUCCACCAACUUGGUCCAAUGACAGAUGAUGAACAGACAACUGUGUAGUGCUGUUGAGGGGCAGGCGACUCCUCUGGCACACUGGAAAUUGGAUCCUGCAUUAAACAUUGAUUGAGCUUUUGGACCAGUCUGGUAAAGUUAGUUGUAACUAAGACUGCAGUUCUAGGCAGGCUGGCCUGAGUGUAAGUCCCAUACCAGACCCUCCAAGUGUCCCUAUUUUCCAGGGACGUCUCUGAUUUAGAAAUGCCUGAUUUAGAAAAGGUUUCUGAUUUAAUCCUGGAAUGUCCCACUUAUCCUUAGAAUGUCCCUAUUUUCAUUGGAUAAAUGUUGGAGGGUAUGGAGUUGUCUGACCCCUGAGCCGUCUGAAGGCAAUCCUGUAUAGGGAUGUCUUUUUAAUGUUUUAUUAUGGUUUUAUAUAUGUUGGAAGUAGCCCAGACUGGCUGUGGCAACCCAGUAAGAUGUGUGGGGUAUAAAUAGUAAAAUUAUCAUUAUGGAAUGGGACAUCCCAAUUUUCAUCAAAGAAAUGUUGGAGGGUAUGCCAUAGGAUAUUGUGGGAUUUAACUCCAAGAAAGAACACAUUGGUUAGGCCAGGGGUCAGCAAACUUUUUCAGCAGGGGGCCAGUCCACUGUCCCUCAGACUUUGUGGGGGGCUGGAUUGUAUUUUGAAAAAAAUAAUGAAUUCCUAUGCCCCACAAAUAACCCAGAGAUGCAUUUUAAAUAAAAGCACAUAUUCUACUCAUGUAAAAACACCAGACAGGCCCCACAAAUAACCCAGAGAUGCAUUUUAAAUAAAAGCACUCAUUCUACUCAUGUAAAAACACACUGAUUCCUGGACUGUCCUCAGGCUGGAUUUAGAAGGCGAUUGGGCCGGAUUCGGCCCCUGGGCCUUAGUUUGCCUACCCAUGGGUUAGGCCUACUGCUCCCACAGAGAUCAAUGGAAGAAGGCAGUUGUGUAUAACUUAACUAUCACUGCUAUCAAUGGGAACUAGGACCAGAUGUGAGAGGAGGGAGCUGUGAGGUGGAGUCAUACCUCCCACCCAAAUAAACCCCCUAAGAUCAGCCUGUGGGGAUCAGAUCAAGACUUGGGCACUGGUGGUAGGUGAUGCUCACUCCCCACCCCCCAGUGUCAUUUUCUUAAUAAAAAUUACCUCCCAAAUUAUCAUUUGCCUGUGGCACACUUGGUAGCUUCAGGAGAACAGUUUUGGUCAGGAAGAUGGUCAGAAGGAAUACUAACCCCCCUCCCAGCAGCGUAGUUCCAAUCAGAUCCCUGUCCCUUGCUGCACCAGUUGCUAUCUUUAAAGAAAGGAUAUUGGUGGAAUAAAGCAGGUGUGUUGGACCCCAGGCUUGAGGGCCAAUCUUGCUCAUCUUGGCCUCUUUAUCUGACAUUCAAAAUUCUCCCCACGCUCCACCUAUUUUCCCCAGGCAACAUGCCAUCGCUGGUCCCGCUUCACCCUGCAAGAGUGCAAGCUCUGGCAAUGCCUCUCUUUUUUCUUUACCUGGACGGAGGGCAGAAAGGUUUGUGAGAGCAUUUCUAGAAGCCAGCCUACAGUGCAAAGGUAAAAUUUGCACACAUUUGCCUGCCCAGAAGAGAAUGUGGCCCUUGAACAUCUGGUUUCAAGGCUAAGUGAGCCAAUUUAGCCCUCUAAUUAAAAGCAGGCUUAGUAGAAGGAGGAGACGAAUGCAUGUUUGAAAAGAGCUCUCUGGAAAAACGUUGAUUUAUUUUAAAAGCCAUUAAUUAGAAGCAUAGAGUUUAGAGGGUAAGAAGGAUAGAGGGAAAGAAGAUAAGAGCAAGAGGUGAAUGAAUGCUAUGCUCUCAAAAUAAAACUAUAAAUAAAGCCCUAUUAUCUAUAUGGAUUUUGCUGGUCCAACGCCUUUAUGGAGAGUUAAGUUCUUUGUCUUCCCAAAUUCCACAUAGCUAGAUAUCAUUGAGCAUUGACAUUCCUCCCAGAGUAGGUGGGGAACUUUCAUCCCAUGGCGCCAUCCUACCUGGCCCGGAGCACACAGUUUCUGCACUGUUUUUGCACUGCAAUUAGGCUUCAAAAAAGCUGCAGUGUGUGUGAAGGGGAGCUUUAGAAAAGCCUGAUUGUUGCAUGGGGGCCCCUUUCUGGACUUUAAAAAAUGCUAAGAUGGAAGGGAGAAAGAGAAAAGCAGAGAGAGGGAGAGGGAGAUGAGGUGGGAGGGAGAAAAAGAGUGAGAGAGAGCACAUUGAUGGAAGAGUGUGAAUGGGGAUGCAUUUGUAUGGAUGAGUGAGGCGUUCUGGCCCAGUCCACCAUUCGCAUGCAGUCCCCAAUAGGUCUUCCUCACCCCUGGCUCAGAAGUUAAGAGUUCUGGAUUGUGAAGUUCAAAUCAAUGCUAUAACUAGACAUGCCUGGAAAUGGAUAUAUGACAUAUUGAACAAAAUAAUCUUAGUGAGAUUAAGACUGGUUUUGGACAUUUAAGGGUCCUUUUGCUCAAAUGCAGAGUUGUCAUAGCUCAUAAUAGCUCCUCCUGCUGGAAAGCUAUUGUGCAAAAUGCCUCUCAAACAUCACUAUCCAAUCAGUGAUAGUUAACAGAAUGAUAUGUAUAAUUUCUCUCCCUGCACCUGGCCAUUUUCAAUGGCUGAAUGUGAUGUAGAGGCCUAGCCGGCAAGUAUAGAGCAAAUGAGAAAUUGCAGUGGCACCACUCUGUCCUGCCUGCUGCCCACAUUCAGUCUGCAGUUGAUUUUUGACACGUCAGCCACUAUUUUAACAACUUACCUAAUCACUACAUGACCUUUAGUGCCUGUUUGGCCCCCUCCCUGUCCAGUUUGUGUCUGGGGCAGAUGCUCUUAGUGUUCUUUUUUUAGAUACAAUCUUGCUUAGCAUCUUGCUUUAAUUAUGAACCCACUAGGUGGUCUUGGCCAAAGCCAUCAUCUCACAUCACAAAACUCAUCCCACCAUCUGCAAUGGGGGAAUAAUAAGGAUGCCAGCCUACUUUACACAGAACUGAUAAAAAAAAUUGGAAAGACAAAAAAUGUGAAGGGCUUUGUACACCGAAGAAAAUGUUGUAUCAAUACUAAAUAUUUUUAUAUUGUCAGAAAGGUUUAUAUAUUUAUUCUGCAUUUAUUUUAUAUACCCCCCACCUCAAGGCAGUUUACAACACAUUCAGAAAAUAUCAACACUACCCUAUAAAGACAACCAACAAACUCACACCUAUUUGUAGACAGUGGGGGAGGGAGGCUGCCAGAUAUUUUUGUGGGUGAAUUCUUAGAACUAUCUUUUUUUUAGAAAUGCUGUUUCACUUAAUGUUGAAUUAAACAAUCUAUUUUAAUGGAUGAAGGAAGCAAUGCGAUAAGAGAGGACUGGGAAGUGUAGGGGGCACACCUAUGGCUUCCCUCAAUGAUGUUAAAAUAACAUUAAAUACUAAUAGAUCUAGAGUUGCACCCAGCAUGCAUGGAUGGUGAAACGGGAGGGACCAUUUUUCCAAAUAUUCUCCUGGGGAGGAGAGGUACGUGAGGUAUCUAGAGGUACUUAAAAAAAAAAAAUCCCCAGAAAAUAGAAUUUCCUCCCCUGCAGAAUAGUUACUCACCUCCAACACAUGCAGAACCCAAAAACCCUUAGUCCUCUGGGCAAUGGGUGGGGGGCAGAGUUUGCUUUCUCUUCAGUUCUACAGUCUUGGGGCAAUUGGAAGCCAGAGUAGAAUUGUUUCUGAUAGAGAGAAGGGAAUCACCAUUCCUGCAGCUGCUCCUUCUCUAGAUGAUGGUUGGAACACCUGCUGGUGGCAACGUCUGAUGUGAUAUGUUGUUUCUGGAAAUUUUGCAGACAGUGAAAGUACAAGGGAACGACAUCUCCCACAAACUGCAGAUCUCCAAAGUCAGGAAAAAGGAUGAAGGGUUGUAUGAGUGCAGAGUGAUUGACGCCAAUUAUGGAGACCUCCAGGAAUACAAAGUCCAGGCCUAUCUCAAGGUCAAUGCAAACAGCCACACCCGACGAAUGCAGGCCUUUGAAGCUUCCCCAAUGUGGCUACAGGAUAAACCUCGUAAAAACAUCUCAGCAGCCAUCCCCAGUAGCAUCCAUAACUCUGCCAGCCAACGUAUGCGCCCCACCUCCAGCCCUCCAGCAGAUGCCAAAAUCCCCAAACAAAGCCCACAAUCAGGUAUGCGUAACUAUUUUGAGCACUUGAAGGAUUUUGUUGCUAAUGACUUUGCAACGUGUGAUUUUUUAAAAAAUAAAAAGGAGGAGGGAAAGGCUGUUUACUGGACAAAAACAUGAUAUGCACUUUCUUACACCUGAAGCACAGUUAGGAAAACACAUUGUACAAAAAUCCAUACUUUUGUAUUCCUGACUAUACAAGACAAAAAGUGCCCUUAUGUUUUCACCAGGACUACACAGCUUGUUAUCCACCAAGUUAGAUGCACGUAGCCCAUGAGCCAUGUAUGGAUGGAUGCCUUUGGGGGAUUGCAAAAAAUAGGACAGAAGGGAGGGCUUGUCAAGUGCCUGGAAGGCCUCAAUGCAUGGCUUGAUCACUCACAAAUUAUGUAGGUUUAAUUCAAAGAAAUUGCAAGAUAGCACAUCUCAAUGACCUAAACAAAGGUUUUAAUAGAGAAUAUAAAUAAAUAUCAAGGCCCAAAGCAAGAGGAGUUUUAUUCAAAGGUGCUAUAAAACGUUACUAUUAUUCCUCCCACCACCUUUCUUUUCUUUUCUUUGUCUUAGUUUCCUUGGUGUCUCUAUAGGACUAAGCUGCACAUUGUGUGACUCACUAAAUUGCAAUCUGCCAGCUAUGUGCUGUGUCCUGCCUACUGCUUGGCCACUCUCCUUGUUUUUGAAGUCUCGUGCAGGCAACAAAGCCAAGGAGGUUUAGUCCUGGUGGACCAUCACACGUGGCUGGGGGGCUGCAUUUGUCAUAGUGGUCUAUAAGUAGAGGUGGUUUUCUCUAAAUACUUGCUUAUUGAUAGUAAACAAGCAUUUAGAGAUAAAAUGCGUCUAGAUAUCAAAUGAACAUCAAAUGGAGAAAGAGAGAGAGAGGGAAACCGUAAAGGCAUUUAUAUUUUGGAAUGUAGCACUCUUCCAAAUAUAAAUAUCAAUUCCCUCAUCACCUUUGGAUGUAAUUCCUCAGUUUUGGAAAUUGGAUUAAUGUGGACGUCCUGUCUGCUUACCUGCAUGAAACCACUAGGUAAGCCAUUCUUGUGUCAUUCUGCCAAAUGGCGAGGAGAAUUUGACCACUCCAAAGUUCCCCCAGAUUUCUGACUGGGUGUGGAAGUGUGGAGAGUUGGGGUAGCUUUACGACUAAGAGACUGAGUGAUGAAUCAUGAUGCCUUUGGCAUGAGUAGGCUAGGAGGCCUUUUUAAGUAGGCUACACUAUCUCACUGGGAAUAAUAAUAUUGACCCAUCUUACACAAUUGUUAUAAGUACAGUAAGAUGAUAGAGAUAACUAACAAUGACAACAGUAGCACUGAUCACAGCAAAGCCUCAUUUGUAGGCAUAUGGGAACUGAAAUGUGGAUUUCCAUAGUGUUGAAUGAACAGACGAGACGUGAAUGUACACAGCAGUACAUUUGCUGGUGUGCUGCCCUGCGGUCAGAUGGAAUUUAAGAGGAAACCUAGCAACAGAAGGGGGAAAUAUAAAAAGACUCUGCUGUGGAUUGAUGAAAACAAGCAUUUUUCCUCUCUCUCCAACACUGUAAAACACCCCAGCGGCAAUACAUGUUCUGAUAAGACAAAUGUGCAAGUUAAAUAUUAUUUUGGUUAUUUUCUCCAAGCAGAUCAAAUUCAAUAUGGUGCUGAGGACUAUGUCUUGCUUUAAGGACAUGUAUGAUUCUAUGAAUGCCUACAAAUGCCUUAAAUGUCUCGUUGAUACAAGGCUACAUGGCAGAAACACCACUUUUAUAUACUCAUAUUCUGUGCUCCCACUGGCGGUGACAGGUUGCAAGUACACUGCUAGAGACUUUGGUUUCCAUUUGACAAGAGAGCACCGAGGGCUUAUGGUGUAAUCAAAUAUAGACAGAUCUAUAUCUCACUGUUUGCAACUAUUGGUGUAGAUACAUAGCAAGGUGACUCAUCUAUAAGAAUUCUUUUGAACAAGCGAAAUUAAAUACUUUGAUUUGCCAACAUUUUCGUGCAGCUCAGGAAAGAGUGUUAGAUGGUGGUUAUUCAGCAAACAUCCUCCAAUAUUCACAGCUGGGCAAUAGUUUUAUUGUGGCACCAAACAGAGCAACAUGGAUAGAAACUGUGGGCCUCUAAAUGUAAAUAGUUGCAGCAAUAAUAAUAAAGCAGAAGGAAGUGGAAAGCAAGAGAAGAGACAAGGAAAUAGUAAAUGGCAGCAUCUUGAACCCCCUUAGAAGCAGGUGGGUUAUGAUCAUAGUCAAGGUCUUUGUUGCCAUUCAUAGAGUGGGUCAUGUAGAAGCUUUGCAUGUUGUAUCAACAAAUGAUUAAGGGUUAUUUCCCCUUGAAGCAUGUGGCUUGGUGUUGUUUUUUUACUGGCUCAGCUUAAACUGGCGGGUUUCAAAGUGAUUCACUGUUGCGUGUAAGCUUUCUCAGCAGCAUUGUGGUCUAGACAGAGGGGUUUGGUCGGUGAGGAUCUGACAUGUGGAUGGUGACGCAUUGCAGUAGAUCAUUUAACUCACUGAUCUUUUGGUUCCUCCUCAAGCACAUGAAGUUGUGACGCUCCUCGCUUAAGGGGAGUAUUUGUGAAACUCCGCAUCGUCCAGGCAGGUCUCAAGCAUUAUCACUCUAGAGCAAAUUUCAGAGUUCCAUCUGACAUUUCCUGCCAACACAUCUAACAAAUGCAGCUCUAAAAAUACAGAAAUGGAACACAAAAUUCAUGUAAAUGAACUUUCUCGUUUUAUUCAUAAUAUCGGAAAGAAUUGUCUUGAAUUUUGAGUGAACAAAAAAUGAGGCAACUGUGGAAGAUCUUGCUCUGAACUUGAAGGGAACUGAGAACUAUGAUCAGCGUAGGGUGGGCCAGAUCUUGGUCUUCUGAGGGCCAAUUUUGACACAUGGGCAGGACCACCCACCUGUCAGUCAUUUGAUGUAACAAUGAUGUCAGAUGAUUGGUAUCGGGGUGGUAUCACCCACCUACCAGAGUUGACCUACAGGGCAGGCAGAGAGGUUUGCUUUGCCAGCCUGUUCUUUACUGGAAAUGUGCUGUUGAAGAGGCACCCAGCAAGAUUGAACUUUCCGUUCAUCAGUCGAUGAACAGAGGGUUCAGUCUUGUUCUCUGCAGGGGUCUACUGGCAAAGCAGGACCCAGCAGGAUUAAACCCCACCCAUCAGCUGAUGUCACUUAGUGAGAUCAGAUGAUUGACAGGUGGGCGUGGUUUUGGGAGAUGGUGCACCAAGAUUUGCCUACAGACUGGAGGUUUCCAAUCCCUGAAGGAGAGAUUAACAAUUAGUAGUAGGGGAGAUUUCUCCCUCCCGUUUCAUAAAUAUUCAAUCAUAAUUCUUUGCACUUUUCCAGAUUAAAGCUUGUUUCAUCAGGAAUUUUUAUUCUUUACCUGACAGUAACUUUUAGAUCCCCCCUCUCCCUUAGCUUUUAUUUAAGAUUUUGUGUAUCUUAUGUUUCUGUGGGAAUUGUAAAGGAGAACUAUUCAGUUGUGUAGUAUUUUGAGUUGUGGGCCUUGUAUCCCUGUUGCAGAAAGAGGCAGAAUAUACAUAAUAAUUUAUUUCUACAAACAGUUAUCCUACUGUGAACUACAAAAUGCUUUGUUUGGGUGUUGGGCAGAGGGGGGUAAAAUACAGGGCUGCACUGAAUAUCUUUUAGCUUAAGAAGUUUUUUAAAGAAAAGAUUUGGUGGAAAAUAUUUAUGAAAAGCCGAGUAGUUUUCACCCAGCUUUAAUAAAAUGUAGCAUCUGCUUUUGAAUGAAGUUAAAACAUCACAAAGUAUUUUUCAUUCUAAAGGAAAACCUAAUCCAAACGGGCAGGCUGUUCAGAGUUACCAACUCUUCUAUUUUAUUUAGCUAGAUUACAGCAAAUGGAGUUGGCCAACACACCAUAGGGCCUUACUAAACAUACAACAGUCAUUCUGCACAGUUUGUCCCCAGUAUCUGGUAGUCAGGUAUGAUGCUACCGUAAAUGGAGGCUCCAUACGACUACAAUGACUACUACCAUAGCUGUCAACUUUUCCCUUUUUUAAAGGGAAAUUCCCUUAUUCUGAACAGGAGUCCUUGCAAGGAAAGGGAAAAGUUGACAGCUAUGGACUACUACCCACUCAUAGCUCUUGCCUCUGCUUUUCCUACUGCUAUAUACCCCCUCCCCCGGAUAAUGUUGAUUUCAGCUUUUAGAAGGUCUUUGAGCACCCUCCAUGGUCCUGCCCCCUCAAUGAAUCUAUAUCCUCUCUGCAGCAGUUCCUAUGUUGGUUCCUGGUAGUGGCAUAAACAUGCCAAGCCUUGAUACCGGCCCUGACAGAGGAAAAGGAAGGAAUAUAUACAGUGGUGCCUCGCAAGACGAAAUUAAUCCGUUCCGCGAGUCUCUUUGUCUUGUGGUUUUUUCGUCUUGCGAAGCACGGCUAUUAGCGGCUUAGCGGCUUAGUGGCUAUUAGCGGCUUAGCGGCUAUUAACGGCUUAGCGGCUUAGCAGCUUAGCGGCUAUUAACAGCUUAGCCGCUUUAAGAAAAAGGAAACAAACUCGUCUUGCGAAGCAAGCCCAUAGGGAAAUUCGUCUUGCGGAACGACUCAAAAAACGCAAAACCCUUUCGUCUAGCGAGUUUUUCAUCUUGCGAGGCAUUCGUCUUGCAGGGCACCACUGUAUUCUUGCUAAAACUCAGUUCCUGAAUUCUUAUGUCUAUUAAACAGUGAUUUUAUGUUGUUCAUAUUUAUUUCUGUAGUGUGUAUCAGUGCGUGUGAGACUUUAUAGAGUAGAAGAGCCAUUCCUUGCCCUUGGGAGCUUGCAAUCUCUAAAUUUCAACAAGAGGCAAGAGAGGAAGAGAGGGUAGGGAAAGUACAUGGCUGUUUCAGCAGCAUGUGCUUUGGCAUAGUUGCACAGUUUGUGUCAAAGGCUCGAUGGAAAAUGGUAGUUUCCAAGAAGGAUUUGAAUGAGUGAGAGAAGUUGCAUCGUGCAGGUGUUUUCAAAGGUGGUUCCGAAAAGAUGAGGUAGCAAAGGUGGAAGGAUGAGGUCUUCUGGGGGAACUGCAGACUGCCAUGAUGGUCAGCAGUGGAGUUGGGAAAAGCAAAGGGAUAUAUUAGGGUAUAAGAGUAGAGAGAUGAAGUGAGGGGAGACAGAAGACCAUGGUGGACUUUGAAGGUAAGGACAGGCAGUUUUGCCAGAUCUGGGAGUGGAGAGGAUACCAAUGUGGGGAUUUAAGGUGUCACAUGAUCAGAGCAAUGAGAGAGGUGACAGCAGAAUGCUGGAUAGAUGUAAGGAGAUCCAACAAGAGACAACAAAAGGGCACAGCAGAGAAGAUUGCAGUAGUCUAGGUUUAGAGAAGACCUGAAGUAGCAAUAGGAAUAAGUUGUCUGCUGCAGGAAUUUGCAAAUGAAGGGUUCCCUCGGCCUGAAGCAAGAUGAGCGCCACACCCCAUAGUCACCUUUGACGGGACUUAACCAUCCAGGGGUCCUUUACUGCAGUCAUUUCUCUCAGGUACAGUAAAGAGGAAUGGGCGGGGAGAGGGGAACGCAUCAUAUGCCAACCGAGAGGGCAAGCAAAACAUCCCUACUUGGUCCCGAAGUGAGAAGUGAUACUUACACUACCACUUCUACGACAUGAGGAUGGGUGCAGUGAUGCUGGCUAUAAGGAGCCAUGUGCCACUCUCCUUCCUUGGAGGUUUCUAAGCAGAGGUUUCUAAGCCCAUCUGUCAGCGAUGCUUUACUUGAGAUUCCGGCAUUCCAGGGGGUUCGACUCAAUGACCUUCAGGGUCCUUUCCAAUUCUGUGAUUCUAUAGGUGCCACUGGGCUCAGGCGUCAAGUGGCAGGCUGAGAUGGAGGAGGAGGAGAAACAGGAGGAUAACAUGGGGGGUGGGAUAGAGACUGGAGAAGACUGGUACUCCCACAGCAUAUAGCUGUUAUGGAUGUGGGAAACAAGACUCCCUAGAAUCCAGGAAGAGCAUCAAUCAACCAUUCAGGGUAGAGGAACCAGAGUCAGAAGGGGAGGGCACAGCCUAGUUGCCCAGGACGCAGCAGUACUCCUGUCACUAGGAAGGGAGCCCCCUCCCCCAAUGCAAUGAGUAUCUGCAAGCUUCACAGUCUUACAAGGAGCGUCUCCACCCCCAUCGUUCUGAGAUCCAGUGCCGAGGGCCUUCUGGUGGUUCCCUCAUCGAGAGAAGUGAGGCUACAGGGAACCAGGCAGAGGGCCAUCUCGGUAGUGGCUCCUGCCCUGUGGAAUGCCCUCCCAUCAGAUGUCAAGGAAAUAAGUAACUAUCCUACUUUUAAAAGACAUCUGAAGGCAGCCCUAUUUAGGGAAGUUUUUAAGGUUUAAUCCUGUAUUGUGUUUUUAAUAUUCUACUGGGAGCCGCCCAGAGUGGCUGGGGAAACCCAGCCAGAUGGGUGGGUUAUAAAUAAUGUUGAGUGAAACUGGGAACUGACUUGUCUGUUUUGACUGUCAGGCCCAUCUUCUUCUGGAAAUGCAAUGGCGUCCAGCACACCUUCACUGCACGGUGCUGAGUCCUUCUGCUUCUCCCGGCUACAACAGAAUUUUCCAGUAGCAGCGUGUUGGUGUGUAAGGAUUUGUCAGCACGGCAGUAAAACUCUCGUACACAGCUUCCUCUAUUCUAUGAAGCUUUAAUGUACAGCAGCAAAAAUAAAAUAACGGCCAGGAGAGAGCAACGGCAUGUUGCCUCUCCUUUGCAGCCAAAACAGAAAGUGAAAGUAAGUUCACAUUCGUAGGUGAAGCACACCCCGGGGACAGGACAUCUUUUCCCUUGAGGUAUUAACCCUGUAAGCUCUUGGACACCUCACAAAUAAUAAAUUAUUAUUAUUCUUAUUAUUAUUACAAGGCAUGAGACUUUCACAUGUAAGCCCACCUUGUCCCAUCUUUAGAAGCUUGGCAGUUGGGCAUGCCAACCUAUUGGGACACCUCUGUUGUUUCUAUAUAGUUGCACAUUCCUUUCACCGAGCUUGGUUUUCACAGGGCAGAAGCACUGCUUCUAGCCAGGCCACACUCUCCUUUCAUCCAGCCUGAGCAUAAAGGCUGCUGUGACUCCUUAGCUGCUACUGAGGCUGUGUAUUGUGUAUUGAGACUGCGCCUCAAUAAAGGUCUCUUCCUUGCUCUCGAGUAAGAGCCUCUGUUGCUGUGGUCUCAGCAGACGUCAGGGCCGUAUGGCAUGCUGCACAUCACUCCAUGUCCUGCCUCACCCUCAAGAGCGAGCUGAGAGUUGUGCCCACACCACCCUAUCAUUCAGACAACUGGGGAAAGGCGAUACACUGUUUAUUUGUUUAUUUUCACCUCAUGUCUAGAAAGCACUGAGGAAAAGAUUGAUAACUGAACUGAAACAGCCACACAGAUUUCAACAGAACUCUAGACAAUCCCACCUCUGUAUGUAAUUACAGUGCAUUCAAAGGCUCCUAUCUCAUUCUCUUGUCCCGUUCCAGUUCUCUUGGAGAGAUUAAGACAAAACCUGGCUUUCUUUGCUUUGUUUGAACUUACUCUAGGUGCUUUUUGUCAGAGAACUGACAAAAGAUAGUGAGCCUAUUUCAUUUUUACCUCCAGGCUACUGUGACAAAGGGAAAUGACUGUGCCUGUAUCUAGAGUGCUGAGACUUCUAUCACUGUGCUGUCUUUUCAGCAAGUGAAGGACAUAAAAUUUUCCACUUCACAUUUUGAUAUCAGUUAUUAUCCAGAUUUCCUUGACAACUUUCACCACCAAACUCAAUAGAUGUUAGGCAUUAAACAGGGGUGAAGAACAUCUGGACUACGGGCCUAAUUAAAAGAAGUCACACAUGUGUUUGGUAACUAUAGGGACAGCUACAAAGGAACUAUCAGGGUCUUCAAGGGGGAUUACUGGGAACCAAGAGAGGCCUUUCCUGUUUUGCCAUGUGCCGUGCCAGAUUUACAUAUAAGCUAAACAAGCUAUAGCUUAGGGCCCCACUCUCUUGGGAGCCCCCCAAAAAUUUAAAAGUAUUUCACUAUUAAUGUACUUCUUCUUAAUUGUAUUUCAGUUCAACAAUUACUUUGAUAAAAUACAUAUUUUGUUAUGUGCAAAUGGCUUUAGAUACCUAUUAGGUCCAUAAAUUACCUGGUUACCAGAUUUAUUUCAAUGAAUCUGGGGAUACAAUCAAUCAACCAAUCAAUUUUUUAAAAGAGAGGAAAAGAGUUAUUUUUUUAAAAAAGUAAUAUCUUCUCUUCUGUGGUCUCCUCUGUUGCGGGGCCUUCCUCCAGGUCUUUCCUGGAGCACUAGCCGUGCUUCCCCCCCUCCCUCCUUGCACUGCGUUCCCUUACAGGCUUACUUGGGAGUAAGCGUUAGCAGAAACCCCUUCCUCCUGCUGCUGCCAUGCCCACCUGUCUGGGCGUCUCCUGCACAGGCAUCAUCCAGUGGCCGCCCAUCCAUGCCGUGUUGCACCCAGUCAGCAGGUCUGGGGCAGAGCCAGCAGCGAGCAAGUGGAAGGAGAGACACUUGGACCGGAUCAGCUCGUCUCCUGCUCACCUCUCGUCCACAAUGGCCAACUACAAGCUGUCCAACAAGCUGAGCUGCCGCUUGCAAGUCGAGCACAAUGGCAAAGCAGCAGCAGCCACAAUCGCCCAAGCACCACCUGGAGGCCGAUCAGGAGGCUGAGCUGGCAGCCUUGGGCAGCGGUGCCAGUGGCAAGCAGAGUGCCAAGUUGCAGCAGCACACCGAGCUCAACGACCCCGCGCAGCUCUCGCCCAGCACCGCAUCUUCAGCCCCUACACCGAGUCCCCACAUGAUGUGUCUUCUGUGCAACACAUCAUAUGGGGACUUCCAGUGAGGCAAAAUGGUGGGCGCCAUGGCAGCGGGCAGCUCCUGAAGCCAGCCAGAGCCAACUGCGCUACCAGGCUGGCUCUGGGCUGCUGAGACUGCUGCUGCCAUGUUUCCCGGGGACAUUAGAUGAAAUUCGGGGACAUUCCGGGGAUGGAAUUUGUCCGGGGACGAAUUUGCAAAUCUGGGGACUGUCCCCAGAAAAUGGGGAUGUCUGGUAACCCUAUAGCAUAUAUUCAACACAAAAAAACCAGUGACAAUUUGUUGUUGACAAAGGACAGCUGGACGUAUAAAGGGCCCCAUCACCUUCAGAAGCUGAGGGCCUGAUCAAACCUAUAUCCGGCCCUGGCCAUGUGAGGCGAAACAGGAAGAUGCUGCCUCCUGCCGUAAGCCAUGCUUACUGGGGUCACACGGCAGUGACCUUUGGCAAGAUCCAGUGCCACCCUGCAGGAUUAUGCCACCCAAGGCAGCUGCUUCACUCCAUGUUUUGUUUUGUUUUUUUAAUAAUUUUUAUUAACAGGCCAAUCAAAUCACAUUAAUUCCAAAUCACAUUAAUUCCAAAUUACACAGCCAAAUGUAAAAAAUUUUUGUUGGGUUGGGGGUACCCAUACUUCGAGCUCCGAACGGGAUCCAAACAUCUUUCUUACUGCUGCUUUAAUAUUCACAGUUCUGUCCAAAUAGUAUUCACAGUUCUAUUCCAUCUUCUCUUUGUUGUUUCCCUCAUCUUCUUGUUUUCUUUAUGAUCUCUGAUAAUCUCCACAAGCGGGUUGAAAACAAACGUUGUAUAUCCUGUGUGGAUUUUACAUUCAUCCAAGAGCCAUAUCAAAAUAGACAGACAGUAUUUCAACACCUCCGUACAAAAUGUUUCCCACAGUCUGUCCUGGUUUCCACAGGCCUGCCGCUCUCAUAAAUUUUCUCAGGGGGCCCUGCCAGGCCGAUCUCACAUUCCGAUAUAGUAACGAGCCAUGUCCUCCUCCUCCUCAGUCCUCCUGCAGGCAGGCCUGCCAUAACAAACUCUUUUUAUUACUGCAUCACAGAGAACUUUCUUUCCUUUCUCAAAGUUCUCACAUGCCAUAUCUUUGAUUUAGUAAUUAAUUUCCACACAGUUCUUACUCCUCCUGCUUGUGAUCAGUAAUCGCGACGAUUCUUUCUUAGGGGGAAGGGUUAUUGGGUACUCACAUAAGACAAAAAAAAGAAAAGUUCCCCCCCUUUUCAGUCUCACUCCGACAUACCAAUCCUUUGAUGAUUCUUUUUCUCUUGAUUUAUUGUUGAAUCCAGCCCGUCACUCCACAUCCCAGAGAUCCCUUUAAUUAGCAGUCUUUACUCCCGAUCUUCACUCGAAGUAUGUGCAUUUGCUUCUUUUCUUAUUGUUUAUUUUGAGCUGAUGCAGCCAAUGCGCGAUCAGAGACAGCGUCUGGGAGAGCCGGACCCACACAAGGGCUUUGUGCCUAGUGCCCUUACCCCCUUCUUUCAAAUCCGGGGGUGAUUUAUGGCCACAGCAGGCAAGGCAGUGUUCCCCAUUCCCUUGGGCAACAAAGGGAGGCUGCAUACUCCCAUAUCAGCCUCUUAAUUACCUUGUGUGAGCUGGAGAGAUGUUAUUGUUGGCCAUCUUCCAAUGCGCCCCUAGCGGCCCCCCGCUUCACUCCAUGUUUUUAAACAGAGCACUUCCCCCUUUGCAGAGGCUUUGAAGCUUCUUCAAAGGUGUGCUCCCAGUGUCAAGUAGCACCGAAAUUCCAUCUUCAAAGAAAACUGAUUACAGUUACAGUGACACUCCUUCAAAUAUUGGCAAGUGUCCAUCACCUGACAUCUCUCUGACAUCAGGUGGUUGAUAGGUGAGCAGCCUCUGUUGGCGUGUGAGUUUAUCUUCGACACCUAUGAAUUUUGCUCUCUCUGUGUGCAGCUUGGAAGCUUCAGUAAAGCUGUUAAGCUCACCAAUGUGAAACAGUUGUUGUCUUAAGCAGAGUUGUUUAAAUUGACACAAAACACACACCCUGUAUUUUCCCACUCUAUAAAAGGUUACACAAAAGCUUUUGUCUCUCUGGUGCCAGAGGGGUUUCUUUACUUCAAUGUCCUUGCUGAACAAAGUCCGCGUGCAAGUUCUAAGUCAAUUUGCACAGAGUCCUGCUACUGCUUAGAAUUCCCUGAGUCCUGAACUCUAGCAAUUGUCCAAGUCUUCCUCCCAAAUGAGCUCUUCUCAAAGAGUUCAGGUAACUUCACAGUUCUGCAAUGAUCCACUCCUUCCUGAUCGUGACCAAUGACCCACCACCAACACUGCAAUCUGAUCCCGUUUAACAUAAUGUUGCAUGCCUGGUCUGCCCAGUAGCACUGAUAAGGAAGUCACCAGAUUCAGCCAGGUACAUUUCAGGAAUGAGCUCUUUCCUCUUUAAUGGAAUUACUGGUAACCCGUUAGCUGCAUUCCUUAACACACUCACCUACCUAUAAGAGAUGGUCUGCAAGGGGAUGGGAUUUAGGAGCUGGUUGGAUUGACUUUCCCCUUCCUGCACUCAUUUCCUCUGAAGAUUCUAAAAUAAUAUUUUGCAAUACUGAUAGCUCAUACACAAGGAUAUAUCACAGAACCCCAAUACGUUGCAGAGAUUUCUGGGGGAUGUCUUAAGGCGUCUGCUUAGGUAAUGAACACCGAGUGUGUCCACUUCAAGAAUGUUGCCCAAGAGUCACCUGUGGCUGUGCAUUGCAGAAAAAAAUGUGUGAUGAGGAAACCUCCUCUCUUGGGAAAGUUUUUGCACCAUUGUUAUGGAACUUCUCACUGAAAAACUUCUUAUGUGUUUUCAAGAACCCAGGCCACUGGUAUAAUAUAUUUGACUAUAUAUAAUAGUUGACAUAUAAUGGCAUCUUUUAUCUGACAAAGUUCAUUGGUAAUUAGCAUCUGACAGUGUUUCACAGUUGGCAGCUUAGGAAGUUUAAUAGAUGAAGCCUGCCAAAAUCAAAGCAAUUAAGAAAAGCAAAAUAUAAUAACAAUCUUAAGCAACUUUUAGAAUUUCCAGUUUGGAUGGUAAGCAACAUUUAUCAGCCUGCACAGCUGCCCAAAGCAGAUUGUGGUGGGUGACUUACUGGUGCCCUGGAUGGAAGAGAGGCAUGUUUCAAUGUUAGAUGCAUGGCUGGAUGUGCACAUUGCGCCAGUGCUGGAGGGGGGCAAAGCUUUUGUGUCUAAAUAAGCCUCUGCCCUCCAAGCCAGACUUCUAUACAGCUUUAUAGCACCCACCCAUCUUUUGGCUGCAGUAUGAGACUUAGAUUAGUGGUGUGGAACACAAAUGACUUAUGCAUCACUUCUCUCCUGCCAGUGGAGUUGGUGGAGCAGGCAGUGGAGGUGGGCUUCCGCUGCCCACUAUACCCAAAGUGGGCACCUCAGUCUGCCUCAUCAGUGGGCCGAGCCUGGGUAGGGCUGGGGGCUGUAGAAACCUCCAGACUUUUGUGUACAAUGAGGUACAUCCUUUGUCCCACCGACUUUGGCCACGAACGCCACCAACGUUUUGCUACCACUGGCAGGUGGGCCCCAGAAGUUUGCCCGUGUGGACAUGCAGCUCUCAGGGUGAAAACGAUUCCCUACCUCUGGACUAGGUGCUCACCCCCAGGGGCCAAUUAGGGUUUUUGUUUUGCCUGUCAAACAAGAAAAUCAACCAGGUUUGCUUAGUGCACAAUCAGUUUUGGGUUUUUCCUGUCUACUCCACAUUGUGUGUGCUUGCGGGGGGCGGGAAUGCCAUCUUUGGGUAAAAACUGGUGAGGGGCAUUUCUAUUUAGAAGUUAAUUGGUCAAGGGAAAAUCUGGUGUGCAUCUGGAAACACUUUUAAGGUGGUUGGGAGAAUCAGGAUUCCCAAAACUUGUUACUUCAGGAUGUGGUACCCACAAAGAGGCUGUAGACACUCACCCACCUGCCCUAUCAGCUACCUGGAACUAUGAGUCCUGAGUGAGCGUUAAGUGUUGCAGGGGAGCAUCUCUCAAUACUUGAACAGUGAGCUGCUCAAAAAGUUGAGUGACUAGGGAGCUCCUGAGUUUAACAUGUUAAAAUUGGAAAUCUUGCUAUAUUCAAGUUAAUAAAACCAUGGCCCUAGUUACUCAAUGGAAGAAUAGGUAUAAUACUUCUAAGCAGUCCAGGCAAUGAUGCUAGCUAUAUAUAUUUGGUCAAAUUUUUGACAAGGCGUAAGCUAGCUCAUGAACCAUCUUUCUCAUAUGGUCUCCACCCACUUUCUCAUGAAAAUAUCCAUCCCCACUCCAGAGGAAUCACACAGUUUAAGAAGGCUUAACACAAGUCUCCUACAUGUUAAAUCAGAAAGCAUUUGGUUUGGCGUCAUCACUUAUCACUUUUGCUCUCGUUUGUAAGACCAUCAAAUCAACAGGACUGGGAAGCAGCUUUAAGUGGCCUCAUGUUAUUCCAAGUCACAAUUUUAAUUUUUUUUGAAAGAUAGAUAGAUAGAUAGAGAUAGAGACCACUGGGUUGACAAUUGCCAGGAAUGCCGAGACACAGAUUCUUGGCCCAGGUCAAAUGCAAUCAGAGGGGUGCUUGGCACAAAGGGUUAUCAUCCUUAGGUCCACCUGAGCGGUUGAGGGCUUGUGACAUGAAGCCACAACAAAAAAAAUAUUUGAUGGUUGCCAUGCUGGCAAUUGUGGUGGCUGCAUUUAGAACACUCAUGUGUAGGUGGUAGACCCAGUUCUCAUGGCAACUAAAGCUUUAUGUAUAACUGUGUGCAGAGUGAGAUGGGUCUAUGCUUUUAGCUUUGCCCCUGACAUCAGGUCUUCUUCUUUAAACUGUGUGCUGCCCACAGACGUCAGUAUAGAAAGCCUGAUGCAUGAGCUCUUGCUUAUUAUGUGUAGGAGCUGCACACAAUUGGGACAUGGGGUUGUGUGGGUAUUUGGAUGAUGCAGAGUCCCCACAAGUGAGUAUGAGCUCGCUUUCUGGGCUUUCUGUACAAACAACCACAUGGAGGAGGAGCCAGUGAUCGGCUGUGGCACAUUUACGCCCCAUAAGUGAGUAACACAUGUAUUUGCGCGUCAAGACUCCAGCGCACCCCCAAGGAUAAAUAAAUACACACUGACACCAAAUUUUUGUAUAAGGUUAGUGGGCAAAAAUUUAGGCCACAACUUUAUUGAUUACAGCAAUGUGAGUGGUAUUGGCUUAGGCAUUGGCAAUAACUAUAUCUGACUCCUGCCUGCCUUGCAGAAAGUCUGGAAAGGUAAACAACUGAAUGAGGGAGCUUCAUCGAUGGCAACCAACUGAAGCUCACCCCAGGUUUCCUGCUGGGUCCUGGUAUGGCCCAAGCCCCUCAAGCGGACUUCGGACGAGAUCCAGACCCACAGAUUCCUUUAUUGGAAUAUCCUUGUACCUGGAGGGGCAGGUGAUGGCCGCACCUCACCUCCCCCACAUCACAAUAAGCCAAUACCUAACCGCCAAACCUUACAAAAGUUGUGAUGAUUCCUAAGAGGUAGGCAAAAACCAAAUGGCCAGUGCCAAUUUGCCAAAUGGAAAAAAAGUUCCUACCCAGCCCCUGUUCCAAAACAGGUGACCAACCGAAGUCCAGAGCAGGGCCAAAGCAGACAUCUAAAAUACUGGGCGGGUAGGUGGGGGUUUGGUGUCGCGAAGCCAGGUGAAUCCCCAGAAAUGCGUUGCCGCCAUUUAUAUGCCCCCACAAUUACACCACCGAUCUCUGAUUGGCCAAGGUGUGAUCGUGGGGCCAUUGCGUGGGCUGGGCUGAAUCUCCCACCCACCCCAGGGUAGUGGGGCAGGGGGUGCCUUAGGCCCACGUACAAUGUGAACCCACAAUUAGGAGGAUCCGAUUUGGCUUAAAUAACAGUGUAGUUUGGCAGCUGUGUUUUAUACACACACACACACACACACACACACACACCACCCUAUACCUGGGCCUCUCAGGGCAGUUCACAGAAUAAAAUCAAAAUAUAAAACCCACAAAAUACAUAAUAAAAAUACAAACAACAACCCAAUAGCCCCCCAAUAAAACUGCAAAAUAUAAACAACAAGAACAUACUUGCCCAUAAAAUAUACAUUUAAAUAUUAUUUUGUUAUAAAAUAUGCAUUAAGUGGAUAAAUAGGAAUUUUCAUGUUCUUUUAAUGUGGGAAUGGGACAGAACCGACUUAUGAAUGAACCCAUGCAAAACUAACAUGGACCAGAAAUAGAUGGAUCUGUCCAUCCCUGGUUUGCAUCUCUGCUCAGCUGUGAAGCUCACUUAGCGGUCCUGGGAAUUAUAUUAAGACCAUAGUUUGCCAUAAGAAUAUAAGAAGAAUCUGCUGGAUCAGGCUAGUGGCUUAAAUAGUCCACCUUCCUAUUCUUACAGUGGCCAAGCAGAUGUGUGUGAGAAGCAAGAACACAGGACCUGAGCACAACAGGCUUCUCUCAUCUUGUGUUUUCCAUCACCUAGUAUUCUGAAGCACACUGUCUCUGAGAGUGGAGGUAGAAGAUGGUCAUUGCACCCACAGAUAGCCUUAUCUUUCAUUAAUUGGUGCAUCUCCUUUUAAAGUCAUCCAUAUAUGCUAUGUGAAUAAGUCCUUUAUUUUGUUUGUCCUGACACUUGUGACAUUAAGCUUUGCUGGAUAUCCUUGAGUUCUAGUGUUACAAGAGAGGAAGGAAAACUGUCCUCUAUCCAGUUUCACAAUGCUAUGCAUAAUUGUAUACACCUCUAUCAUGUCUCCUCUUACUCAGUUUUUUUUAAAAUUAUUAUUAUUAUUAUUAUUAAUUAUUAUUAUUAUUAUUUUGACAAAGUAAUAAUCAUACAUAAAUAAGAAUAAAAAUAUGCACCCUACCACCAAGACCAUUCCAUUGUAACCAUCCAACCUCUCAAAAUCUCAACACCUCUUGUGAUGGUUUUACCCCUUUCCAUUUUAACAGUACAGUGAUACCUUGGGUUACAGACGCUUCAGUUUACAGACGCUGGUUACAGCUAAAGUGGUGCUUCAGGUUAAGAACAGUUUCAGGUUAAGUAUGGACCUCUGGAAUGAAUUAAGUACUUAAUCUGAGGUACCACUGUACACUGGUACCUCAGGUUAAGAACUUAAUUUGUUCUGUAGGUCCGUUCUUAACCUGAAACUGUUCUUAACCUGAGGUACCACUUUAGCUAAUUGGGCCUUCUGCUGCUGCCGUGCCGCCACCGCACGAUUUCUGUUCUCAUCCUGAAGCAGAGUUCUUAACCUGAGGUGCUAUUUCUGGGUUAGUGGAGUCUGUAACCUGAAGCAUCUGUAACCUGAGGUACCACUGUACAAAUUCUACAAAUAUCCUCCAUAUCUCCUCAAAACAAUUUCUCCUGCAUAUUCCCUGUCUUACCUUAAUGGCACAUGAUAAUUUAUCAUUAAUAGCUAUAUCCCACGCCUCUUUAUACCAUUCUUCCAUUUGAUAUUCUGCUUGCCCCUUCCACUUCCUAGCUAUCAUAAUUCGUGCAGCUGUCAAUAAAUUUGUGAGCAAGUCCUUCCUUGCCUGCAAACCUUCCACCCCACCGUAAAUUUAUAAUAAUGCUGCCUCUGGACUUUUGGACAUACUCAGCUUUUCUCUAAAUUAAAACCAAAACCCAAACCCAAAUAUUGUAACCUUUCCUGAUAAGGAAGUGGCUCCAUCCUUUUGAUUAUUGGAGUUGCCCUUCUCUGAACCUCUUUUGGACCUUUUCUGAAUGCUCCUAGGAGGCUGCUGUUCCAUAAUUUGGAUGCCACCACAAAAAAGGCUGAGAUUCAGGUACCCUCUGAGACGACUCCCAUGAAUGGCAAACCUUGUGUGAGGCAUUAUGUGAUUACCUUAGCAAACAGAGAAGAUGACAUAGGAGAAGGUAGUCUCUAACAGUGGAAUUCCAUGCAUGAGUUCAAUGAAAUUUACUUUCAUAUAAGUAAAUACAUGCUAAAGGACACAAAGCCCAGACUGUUCGAGAUUUCUGAUGGUGGUAACCAGCAUGUGAAAUUUCAGAUAACAAGGCUAAGUUAGCAAAAACAAAUGCACAACCUAGGUACAACAACAACAACAACAACAACAACUAAUAAUAAUAAUAAUAAUAAUAAUAAUAAUAAUGUGGCAUCAGUGCCUUUGCAGAAUACUGCCCCUGACACCUACACAAUUGCUAAGUACCGUAAUCAUAUUUUGGCAAUCAAUCUUUAGACCAAAAGGCAGAGGACAAGAAGGCUUGGAUCUGAACUAGUUUCAAUUAAAAACUCAACUCUUUAACAGAAUACAAACAUUUAUAUAGUCAGAUUUUCUAGCCAAACCUUAGUAAGGUGUCUGUUUCAGAAUUGUUGUUGUUGUUUAGUCGUUUAGUCGUGUCCGACUCUUCGUGACCCCAUGGACCAGAGCACGCCAGGCACUCCUGUCUUCCACUGCCUCCCGCAGUUUGGUCAGACUCAUGUUUGUAGCUUCAAGAACACUGUCCAACCAUCUUGUGCUCUGUCGUCCUCUUCUCCUUGUGCCCUCCAUCUUUCCAAACAUCAGGGUCUUUUCCAGGGACUCUUCUCUUCUCAUGAGGUGGCCAAAGUAUUAUAGCCUCAGCUUCAGGAUCUGUCCUUCCACUGAGCACUCAGGGCUGAUUUCCUUCAGAAUGGAUAGGUUUGAUCUUCUUGCAGUCCAUAGGACUCUCAAGAGUCACCUCCAGCACCAUAAUUCAAAAGCAUCAAUUCUUCGGCAAUCAGCCUUCUUUUUGGUCCAGCUCUCACUUCCAUACAUCACUACUAGGAAGACCAUGGCUUUAACUAUACGGACCUUUGUUGGUAAGGUUUCAGAAUUAGGCACCAGGCAAAAAUGUUCCUCUUCAACCUGGCCUUUGGCUGAUUCUACACACUUUUAAAUGUGUUUGUGGGAGGGGGGCUAUUGUUUCAUCAUUUUUGUUUUAACCAUUUAUCUGUGUGUUUUUCUAGUAUCUAGUAUUUUUAUCCUGUGACAGCCCUGAGAUCUUUUGUUGAAGGGUGAUAUGUAAAUCUAAGUAAUAAUAAUAAUAAUAAUAAUAAUAAUAAUAGAAGAAGAAGAAGAAGAAGAAGAAGAAGGAACAUAAUUCUGCUUCCCAUUUUUGUUUGAAAAACAUCAUAGCACACUUGUGAAUGCUGCAAUGAAAAGAACAUCCAAAUUGUUCAACUCCAUUUGCAGUAUAAAAAGAAAAUGUGCCGCAUAAGUGAGAAUUUUUGUGGGAGCAGCUGCAAGAACCCCCUGCGUACUUAUAUUGCAUAGGGCUAUAAUAUGUGCAUGAAACUAGGUUACAGCUGACCUUCUUAUGAAAAAGAAAAUACCCCUCAUUUUCUUUAAUGCUUCAGAAAAGGAAAAGUUCUCACAUCUAUUGUUGCAAGGUUGUUCCUCUCGGUGCCCUUUUUCUUCGUCUUCUUCACCCUCGCCAUUCUUGGCCUCAUUUUCCCACACUGCCCUUGUAUCCUUUUCAAUGUCCUCACAAUGCUAUGUCUGGCAUCAUGGAUGCUGUAAAGGGCAACUCCCUGAUCUCAAUCUUGCCAAGUAUGAUUGACGGCAAGGUGUUAUUUUGGGUUUAUUUGCUCCUGGUCUUUCCACCACCACUUUCUUUUUAUACCUAUUCACAUCUAAACCUAUUCAUGUCUAGAAGGAGAUUCAGACUUGCAAUAUUUAUAGUGAGCUGAAAGGGGAAGAAAUAUGCUUUGAAACUACGUUACAGCCAACAGCCGUCUAAUAUGCAAUUCCCUGCAGAGGAGGAUUUAGGGCAGUGCGAGUGGUGCAGCCAAGGAGGGCACCUUCUCAAAGAGCAGCAAGGGCUUGCCUUGCUUCAAGAAGGAGGUGUGAGAGCUCUGAUAGGGUCCUACAGCCAAGCAAGUGCUUACCAAGUUUUGGCAAGGAGGUAGGAGGGCUCGAGGAUCCUGCCAGAGCCUUGUGCCUCCUUCCCAAAGCCCAUCUUAAGCCACUAGGGCUGCAGGGAGGGCAUCAGAUAGCCUGGCACAGGGUGACAUACAGUGGCGGAGCUUCAUGCUCCGCCACCGGGGGGCGGAGAGCAGGCGGGGGUGGGGCUCUCGUGUGUCCCAGGGGUGGGGCAGCCGCAAUGGCACCCCACCGAGAUCGCGCUGCCGGGGGCGGUGCGCUCCCCCCGCACUCCUCUUCCUCUGCCAGUGGUGACAUAUUAUCUCCACCCUUGUUCCCAGGACCUGCCCCUGAAAGCUUAGAACAUGGCUGAAAUGGUGGUGAGGCCAUGUAAGUAGACCAAAUUUUGUGGCUAUACAUAAAUGUACCGUAACCAACUCAGGGUAAACAACAGAAUUAUUUUUUUUUUAAUUUUAUUUUUUUAAAAAUCUGUGCAAGAAAAUGGAGGAAAGCUUUAGAACAGGCAACCCCAAACUCAGCCCUCCAGAUGUUUUGGGACUACAACUCCCAUCAUCCCUAGCUAACAGUACCCGUGGUCAGGGAUGAUGGGAAUUGUAGUCCCAAAACAUCUGGAGGGCCAAGAAGAAAGAAAGCACCUAUCUAAGACAACCAACAUAACCUACAAAUAUUUCCAGGAAACAUGCAAUCCAGUUUCAAGAGAGGGACAAAGCGUGCUGGAAAAUGUUCUGCAGGAGUGGCUGGCCAGUUAGGAAGAGGAAUCCAGAUAUUUAUCACUUAUACAGAAGGAAAUCUGAUUGUUCCCAUUUCCCAACUAGGUGGAACUAGAGGUUGUGAAGGGGAUGAAUCACCUCUUGAAUUUUCUUGUCAGAUGCGAUGGAGAAAUAUCCUGUGGAGUUGAGUAUGAAGGCUUCCAUGUGACUUGCUCGCUCCCUGUUAAUGGCAUGGAGAGUUUGUGGGUACAGAGCAGAUACCCACUUAGAAGGGAGGACUUGCUUUUUACUGUAGAUGUUCAUUAAAAAGCACACAAACACACAUGGGUUGCUACGGUGAAUUGAAGUCAACAGCUGUGUCACUAAAUUAAGCUGAGGAACGCGAAGCAAAGAAAGAAGAGGGGGAAAUGCUCAGAGGAGAAGCAGCAGCAGCAGCUAAGGGGAACAAACAGCGGUGGGAAAAUAAUAAUGUAAAGUACUAUUGACAGUUGAUACAGCUCUCUGAGGUCUCAAGCUGGGAAGGGCUUUGUUCUGUAUCAGAAAAGGUAGCAAUCAGGAAAGUGGGAGGAGAGGAGUGGGUGUAAUUAAGUUAUGUUUUGAAACCUCACUCACAUUUCUGCAAGUAAUGCAAAGGUCUCAUAACCAUCAAGGCUCUGUGUUGGUAUUGUAUUCCCCCCCACACACUUUAAUUAUAAUGCAGCGAAUAUUAUUUUCUCAGGCAGGGAAUGAAAAAGAUUUAAAAUCCCUCCACAAUAACGCUGGCCAGAUGCAGAGAAGUUUCCAGCACAGACACAAUGUGCGCUGCCACUCCAAUAUGACUGACUCCUACGUGUGUUAAUAGCGACUCUCUUCGGGCACUGAAGACAUUUUUAAGGGCUGAAAUGUUUCUUUAUUUGCUGCAACGCUCCUCAGCUUCAUUUGCUGAGACUGCUGUUGAAUCCUGCUUGCUGUAGGAAUGCAUGUGGGUUGGCUUGUUUGUUUUUUCAUGGCCAUUCGUGUCAGACAUGACAUUGAGAUGCCAUUGAAAAAGAUCCGGGGGCAGUAUGGGAAAACAAGGGCAAGAAGAAGAAUGUGGGUGAAGAAGAAAUGGGGCAUUGAGAGGAAUCACAAUGAAAUACCGAGAAUCUGUUUCUAAUUAAUUCUGCAGGGCAAUAGCAGAAAAUCAGAAUCAUUCUCAAAACUCAUGCAAAAGACCAUCAAACAUUCCCUGAUUUUAUGCUCAAAUUGUAGCCCUGUGUAUACAUUACACUGGGCAACAAUUUUUUUUACUUUUUGAAUGUUGUCUAGAUUUCUACAACUGAUUUAGGGUAUUUUUGCACUGCUGAAUCAGGAAAUGGCAUCCGUUUCUCUCCAUCAGGUCAGGUUUACUGUAAACUGAAUGGUGGGCAUUGAUAAAGGUAAGUACAUGUAAAUUGCAUGUUGCUUCACCAUUUUUCAAACUUCAGAGCAUGAACUUCCAUUUCUUGGAACUCCUGGAAUGCUCAGCGGCAGGGAGGUCUCUCUUCAGAGUCCAACAGUAGUCAGCCAUCAUGACUGCGUCCCAGUGACCCUGAUACCUGGUCUCCAUCUCUUUCAUGUCCUGAUGGAAUCUCUCCUCCUGCUUGUCACGCAUUGAACCCAGGUUCUCAGGAAACCAGUCCAUAUGUGAAAAUAGGUAGUGCAUCUUGAUGCUCAUGUUGAAGCCCAGGUUUCUGCAAGCAGUCAGCAUGUUGUUGACAAGUUCUGCGUAGUUUCUGGCCUUAUUGUUGCCAAGAAAGUUCUUCACUACCAGAACAAAAUGCCUUCCACGCUUCCAGUUCCACUUCGUUUAUUGAGUUUCCGAACUCUGGACCUCUGAUGAGCUGACGGAUCUGAGGACCGUCAAAGAUGCCAGCUUUCAACUUCUCCAUGGUCAAUCCUGGAAAAGCCUGGCACAAGUAAGUGAAGCAGUCACCAUCCUUGUCCAAAGCCUUGGUGAACUGCUUGAUUAAGCCGAGCUUGAUGUGCAGCGGUGGGAAGACUGACAGGCCAGUCCUUCUUCGUGUAAUGCUGAGCACGGUCCCUACUAUCCCACAUGCACAGAAAACAUGGGUACUUGGUGAAGCCAGACUGUUGUCCCAACAAAAAGUUCACCAUCUUCAGGUCAAGACAAAUAAACCGCUUAUGCUGAUCAUAACCAAUUUCUCCAGCACAUACUUCACCGCUUCAUUGUUCUCCUUCAGUGUACUCGAGUGAGCCAGGGGUAUAGAGGCAAACUGGUUGCCAUUGUGUAGCAGAACACUUUUCAGUGAUCACUUGCUGCUGUCAAUGAACAGUCUCCAAUCUUUGGGUUCGUACUGUGGCACUCCAAGCCCCAUUAACUUAGUUUUGAUCCUCCAACUUUAUGCUUUGCCGCACCAAUUUAUGGAAGAUUUCGAGGUUUUGUGACUUCAAACUGAUACCUUUUCGACAUAAUCACCCAGAACUAUCGGACCUGAAUACUUCUUGUCAUUAAAAUAAUCAUUUCCAAUCAAAACAAUUAUUUGACAUGGCAUUUUACCCCCACCAACUUCUUCUAAAAUGCUCCACACAAGCGUACAUGUGAACAAAAACGUAAAAAAACGACAUGUAGCCAUAGCUCAAAAACUUGACCUGAUUGUGCAAAAUCAAUGUGAUUUUUUGAUUCAGUGCAUCAGAUUCAUCCUAAAUCAACUGAAAAAACACAGACAACAAAUUUAUUGUUGACCAGUGUUAUCCAUGCAUACAACAUCGAUGGGUAUAUAAGGGACUGAUGCUAGGCCGCUGGUGCUUGAUCUGAACCCUGACAUUGCACACAGUGCUCUAGCCGAUCACCCUUUUGUCCACAGGUUAAGCCAAGACAUCUGCAAAGGGGCGCUGACUUGCAUUCAACUACCUGGAGGCAUGUAAGUCCACCACAUGAUUGGACACUGGGGGAGACACAUGGAUGUUGAGGACUACCCAGUUCCAUGUCAUGGCACAUAGGCCAAUACAAAAUCAUAUGGGUUUCUGCAGCUGGCUAGAUUAAAAUGUACUGAGAGCAGAUGAGGCCAAGGAAGAUUGACAGCUACUCCCCUGAGGUUAAAAGAUAUGCCCACCUAACAUAGGACAGUAGAGACAAUAUGGUUGGCUAUAUCAGGGGAUGGGCAGAGGAGGAAUGGUAGAGACCGCCUCCCCAGCCUGACCCUUCCAGAGAAGAGGAAGGCAGUUCAGAAUUACAUCAGGGGUUUGAGGGAGAUCACAGCUCAGAGGCAGAUGAGGGGGAAAGUUGGGAAAUAAUGGGAGAGGAGGGGAAGGAGGAAGAAGCACCAGGGGAGAGCCAGCUGACGGACUCAGUGUCUUUAGAAAGCAUUCCAGACCCUCCCUCUCCCAGAACCAGGUGGGCAUUGAAAGUAGGAGAGCAAAGAGCUCAAAGACAGAAGGUACUUCUCAGUAUCUGUAGUAGAGACGUUGUGCUUAAUGAAUGAGGAAGUGGGAGAGACAGGGGAAGCAGAUUCACUCGGGACAAUGCCAUUAUCCAAGAGGCUGGGUUCUAAAGCCUCUUUCUGUAAAUACUGAAUAAAAAGUGGACAGUAAGAACAUUCCUGGUCAUUGUACAUUCCUGGCCAACUGGCCGUGGGAGUUGCUGGAAGCAGCCUGACAGGCUGCAAUUCUGCAGCAGGUAAACGGUAUGUGCAUCCCUGCAUCCCCUCUCCAAACAAACAAACAAACAAACAAAUAAAUAAAUACAUUAUUAUUUAUUCCCCAGCCACUCUGGGCGGCUUCCAACAAAAUAUUAAAAUACAGUAGUCCAUCAAACAUUAAAAGCUUCCCUAAACAGGGCUGCCUUCAGAUGUUUUCUAAAAGUCUGGUAGUUGUUUUUCUCUUUGACAUCUGGUGGGAGGGCGUUCCACCGGGAGGGCGCCACUACCGAGAAGGCCCUCUGCCUGGUUCCCUGUAACUUGGCUUCUCGCAGCAAAGGCAACUUCAACUUCUCAGUUAACCCAUGGAGUAGGUAGUCUGGGCAGAGACAGAUGGCAAGAAGGGUUGCUGCUCAUCCCCAGCCCAUAAUGAAUUAUGGUAGGGGCAGUUCAGCGCCCACCCUCCUUAUUUUCUCUCUCAGGAUAUUCAAAUGUUUCACAUUCAUUACUUCAAAAAUAUUUAUGUCGCAAGUUUCUUCUUCAUCCUCAUGCCUCAAAUCACAUACCGGGGGGGUGGGGGGUGGGCAAGGUUGAGAAAGAGUGCCUUUCUCAUCUGUUUCAUUUUUUAAAAUCUCGUUCUUCCCUGAAGAAGUUCAGGAUGGUGUACAUGGUCUUUUACACUUUAUGCUCACCAACCACUGUAUGAGGUGGGGCUGGCUGACAGAGAGGGAAUGAAUGGCUCAUGGCGAGCUGAGGAGCUGUGUAAAUGAGCAGAGAUUUGAACCCAAGUCUUCCCAUCAAAUUGACAACUGUAAGCAUUGCACUGCCAGAGAAAGUCUCCUUCUAUCUAUAAUGCAAAACUUGCACCCACACUGUGUCAAAAACAUUUCCCACACCCGGCAGUCACUUAAAUCAAAUGCCUUAUCCAGAAAAGGAGACCAGCUUCUUAUUUGUUACAGCUUAUAAAAAUAAAAUCUCAUUUGUUUCUCCUUUUAUGUACAUGUGUGGACUAAGUGCCUAGUUGUCUCUCACUCCUAUGAAAUGAUGGAAAGGAAGAGUGUUUCCAAUAUGUUAAAUGAACCAUUUCAACAACUGCAGCUGCCUUAGGAAUAAUUAAUCAUUGAGCUACUUACUGAAAGAGGACCUAGUGCUGGGGAUGUUCCAAAUCGGUUUCACAAAGGCAUGCAUAGGAUCCGACCGAACAAGUCCCAUUUCCUGCUGACAACCACAGUGUCAACAAAGGGAAGAAAGCCAAGCCCAAGUUCCCUUUCUCAUCCAACAUACCUUACGAAGGGCAUUUAGCUGAAUGAGUUUAAAUGCCAGACAAUAUUUCUAGAAAUACCCAUGCCUAGUUUCAAAAGUAAUGUUUGAAAAAGGCCCAAAUAAUCAAUCUUUAAAAUGCAAUCUAUCUUUGGCACUGACUUAAGCCCUCUAUAAUUUCACGACAUAAUCUAAACUCUGUACAAUGGGAACCCAAAAUCCAGUGCAUAAUGUAUGCAAAUUAAUAUACUGCAGGUAACUAUGUUUGUUUUGCAUGAGUUUACGUGCUUGAUUUUCAACUAUGGUUUUGAGGGGCAAAGUACACAUUACUUUUAACGAACGAAAGUUGCCGACAUUCCCACACACCCAAAUAAUGUUUAUUCAGAACUGACACAUGGUGCGAUGUCAUCAUGCUGUGUAUCCCUCCCUCCAUGGUUUGACUUCAUUGGCUCCUGUUUGUAGGGUGUGGGGCAGCAUUGAGGGUGAUGUAGGGUGACUGUGAACAGAGGACAUUUGAAGGGCUUCCAGAGAACAGCCCUCAACUUGGAGGAGCCUUCUGCUAUUGAAAGGGCUGCUCGGUCCAAGUUCGGUUUAAAUAUAGAAGAAUGGAAGAAGGGAGAGCCAAGAAAUUGCCUAUCAACAGUUAGGACUUGGGCAGCAGACUUAGCUAGCAGGCACAUGGGGCUCCAGUUCACACAAUGUCAGGGAUAGGACUCAAGAGGGUGAGAUGGAGGAGGAGGAGCUGACACUGCAGGAGAGGGGGAAGGCAGCAUUGAAUUACAGCAGGGCUUUGAGGAAGAUAACAGCUCAGAGACAGGCGGACAGCAGAGUUAUUGUGAUGGCCUGGGAAUCCAAUUCAGAGGCUGAACCGGAGGAAUCCCAGCCUGCACAGGAGUCCCCGCCUCCAGGGCCGGCUGAACUGGGGCAGGGCCUUGAUUCUGAAGCGCCUGCACCUGUGCCGGAUCCUCAGGAGCAGGCACCAGGUGAAUCCACUCUGGCUCCGGAGGUGGUUGAGGACUCAGUGCCUACAGGUGAGUCUCCCCUGGGUCCAGUAACCCUUCAGCCUCUCCUGAACUGCAGAGGCUCAGGGCAGAGAGGCGAAGGGAACUGGUUUCUCCCAGGAGGAGUGCUCGCCUUAAGGCCAGGAGAAGCGGGUCUCCUGGGGGCUGGGACCGCCCCUGGCCUCAGAGAAGAUAAAGGCCAGUCAGCCCGGUCCCAGGUUGCGGGAGCAACGUCGUUGAUGAGCUGUUUCGGCCAGCAUCCAGUCCUGUUCCCCCAGAGUUCCUGUCCUUGCCCGGCUUCUCGCUGUGGACCCUGCUUUGCCCGAGGAGGACUGUCUGGCGACCCUCAACUCAGGUUCUGGACCUCGCCCCACGGUAACCUCCCCCCUGGACCAGCACAGUUAUGCUGUGUUAGGAGAAGGAGGAAGGGAGGCAGGACAGCUAGCUCAUGUCACUGGACAGCAUAACCAACCCCCCUUCUCCCCAAAGGGUGCAAGAACAAAGAGCCCAGAGACAAUUGUCCGCGGACAGACACCAUAGAAGCAGGUGUCGUUGUGAGAGGGGGAAGGGGGAGGAGCUCAGUGUGAGCAACUCCAUUAUGGAGGAAUAACUGGAAUUCUUUGUCUUUGACCGUGAUGACUGAAUACAUCAUACGUAAGAACUUUCUUGUUUCCUCCCUGCCCCAUGGUGCCAUGGGGUGAGAGGAAGAGGAUUCCUCAAGCCUGACACACAACCUCUCUAUCUUAUUAUGAUAGCCAGGGCUAGUUUUCCAGAAAAAGAGGUGCUGGAACUCACCAUGAACACCUUUCUUGUUCUCUUAUAAUGGCAAUGGUGCCCAUCUGAGAGGUGCCAGAACUGAGUUCCAGCGAGAUCCGGCAUUAAAAAGCCUUGGUUAUAGCCAUUGUUUAUUUAUUUGCAGCUAGACAUAUAAAUCGCCAGGUGCAAAUUUGCAUCCUCUUUGGUCUUGCUUUGGUGACGUAUUUCUUUGUCUGGUGGAGCAUGUGUGAGUGGGCAUUCUAUCAGGAGACAUGGCGUGGAGGUGUGGAGCAGUAACAGCUACUGAUUGAAAAUCAUGUGUAGUUUGGUCCAAACUCUUUUCAAAAAUUCAGGUUGUUGGUGAUGAGUAAUUUUAGAGCAGGAAGAGAAAUAUUGAUAUGUGAGGUGGGAAAACUGAUAGGUAAGAAUAUGGCUGAAGUCACAGGUAGAUGGAAAUAUAUAGCCAUGUCCUGAAUCCUGGACUCUCUUGCUGACGCUAGGAGAUUAGACCUAUAUUUCCAAAACAUAGGGCAAACGUUUUUUCUUUAAAAGUUCAUAUUCUACCAGUAGAUUUUUAUAUAUAUAUAAGAAAUUUGUGGAGGCCUGUGUAGACAUAUAAUUGCAGAAGAUGAAAACUUGCUAUGCUACAUCUUGGGCAUUUCAAUGAGAAAUGUGAAAGGGAUGAAGUUCCUUUUCUUUUAAAUUUAUUUACAUAUUCAGGUCUGCUUUAACUUGCACAUGUCUUGUCAAACAUGAUUUAAAAUGAAACUGAAUAAAAUGAAAUAAAUAAACCUGCUACAACCGAAAUAAACUGUGUUUGUGGUGGCAGUAACCUGGGUGGAUACCUGAUUCUUGCCAUGCACAGUCUUGACCUUAAUGUGCCAGUUUUUAGUUCUGAAACUAUAAAUGUCCAUGGGAAAAGGCUGCUUUGCUUUCAUAAAACAAUACGCUUGAAGUGUUUUAAACCUCUCAAUGCCAAUGGAAUCCCAAGCCUCGGGACAAAUAUGUCUAAGAACAUAGGGCAUAGUCAGGAGACCAUGAAAACUGUCAUAGCUAAUUACAAGAAAGUGUCAAUUUUAGACGUUGCUCACACUUGAAAAGUACACAUGGAGAAGAGAGAAUGGGACUGUACUUCUGGGGCAUCAAGCUCUCUCGGUGUCUAUAUGUUCAUUGUGAUAACUGCAAAGCAGCUCUGAGGCAUGGCAGCUGAACACAGAAUCACAGUAUCAUAUAAUUGUAUAGUUGGAAGGAAUCUUCCAGGAAUCUUUUCCCCCAACCUGGGUCUUGAAACCACAACCCUGAGAGUAAGAGUCUCGUGCUCUACCAACUGAGCUAUCUUGUAUAGGUGUGCCAUGCAUUUGGACCUGCCAAUUAGAGGAGCGUCUCCAUGCAUUUAGCCCAGCUGAGCUUGAGUAGACACCAGUUGGCAAAUAUUGUGUUCAACGUGGGGAUAUUGUGGGUGGAGAAGGCCUCAUAACCAAAGUUCAUGAUAUCAGGGUGGAAUCAAUGAUACAGUCCCACUUCCCCUUUUCCAUACGUAGUAUACACACAUUAAUUAAUUUCUGCAAAAGUCCAUGUGUUCACAAUCUUUUGGGUCACAGCCAUAUCAUCAAAAUAACAAAAAAGAGAAGGAAAAAAGAAAUAGAUUUAGCAGAUUAUUCCUCACUUCACUUUGUAUGAACCUUUUAAUAUUUGUUAUUCUGUUAUUUCAUUGUGCUUUAUAAUGAUAGUAUCAUACUAACAUGCAUAUUUUUGUGAUGAAAGAAAUGUUGAGAGUCAGUGUGGUGCAGUGGUUAAGAGCGGUGGACUCGUAAUCUGGGGAACCGGGUUCGCGUCUCCGCUCCUCCACAUGCAGCUGCUGGGUGACCUUGGGCCAGUCACACUUCUGUGAAGUCUCUCAGCCCCACUCAUCUCACAGAGUGUUUGUUGUGGGGGAGGAAGGGAAAGGAGAAUGUUAGCCGCUUUGAGACUCCUUCGGGUAGUGAUAAAGCGGGAUAUCAAAUCCAAAUCUCUUCUUCUCUCUUCUUCUGUACAUUGCAGUCCCCAAGUCACACCUGUUAAUGUUUCUUUGAGCUAGCCCAUGCUAAUUUUAUAAUAUAUAAAAGAGCAGGCUCUCAGAUCUCACCGGCAUUAAUCCAGUCCAAAACUUAGUUAGGCACACUUAAACCCAUUGGUUUUUACCGGAUUUAAGUACACAUCUGGUUUGGCUCUAACUGAACACAGUUUACUAGCUGUGUGACAGUGGUCUAACAGCCAAGACAACAAGAUAUGUAGAAGUCAGCUAUCUGUGCCAUACCACCAUUUUGUUUUUAUGAACGUUUGUAGCAACCUAAUGCCAAGUCUAGCCAUUUGCACCAGGACUGGCUGGUGGCCGCUCUCUGCAGCCUUGGGCAGAUGGAAGUCUUCCCUGUUCUGGCCACCCAAGAUCAUUUUCGGGUGUCAAGUAUUGAAUCUGGACCUUUUGCAUGGAAGGCUAAUUUUCCACUAGUGAGCUCUGCCCCACUCCCAGUUUUAUAAUUAUUGUUUUUAAUGAGAGGGGAAAGUGCCUAACCUGAAAUAAUUAGCAUUUGGGAAGAAAUAUAUGCUACAUAUAUUUUUGAACAUAUCCUUUUGGUCCGAUGCAAUGCUUUUUUUUUACAGACUCUUUAGCACAGGACUGCACAGCUUGUUUCUCACCUAGCCAGACACAACCCACCAGCUGUGGGUGUUGUUUCACAGGGGGCUGGAUAAGGCUUCUAUGAUAAGCACAGCCACAACGCAUCACUCCUGGACUGUGAUCGGUUUGAUGGGUCACAAUCUGCACAGCGCUGCCUGCUUAAUUUCUGCAGGAAGUGUUUUCUAGCCAAGAGGGGAUUGCUUUGUCAGUGACUUUGUAUAUGUUUUGCGUUAAAGAAAGAAAAAUAAAUGCUUUGAGGAGUAAAGUAUAUCAGUUUGUUCCUUUUGCCAUGCGGCAAUCGGAUUGCAUUGUUGAGACUGAGAGAGGCAUACAAGAAAACUAAGCAAAGAACUUCCAUGGGACUGAAAUACUUUGUAUGUGUUGUUAUUUGCAGUGCAUGCCAAGACAGUCAUGGGCACAAGAGCCAAGCUGGCCAGCUAAUUAAGUAUAAAAAAAAAAAUGUAUGUGUUUAAACAGCCUUAUAAAGGAGCAUUGGAAAUCUGCAAGAUGAGCGAAUAUCUUAUAACUUCUUCCGCAGGUGCGAGGAUAGCUACAAGCCAUGGACUUUCUGUCCUGCUUCUUGUUUGUGGCUUUGUGAAGGGUGCUUUGCUUUAAUCUAAAAAGUGCUGACUUUUUCCAAUAUCACUUUCUCUUCUUAAAGCAAAGAGCAAAUCGCCUGUAAAACCUACGGAGCGGACAGCAAAGUUGACCCUAACUUCCAACCACCUCUCUGCACCCAAUGUACUCUAAUUCUCUACACAAAAGGAGCACCUUCUUCAGG